AUGACGGCGAAGAUACACCCGAACGUCGCCGUGCCGCCGUCCCUCGGCCAGCAGCCGCCGGUGGUGGCGCCGGCGCCGGCGCCAGCGCCGGCCGACGAGGAGCCGGUCACUCUGACGGUGUGGCGCAAGUCGCUGCUGUUCAACGGCAGGGGGUUCACGGUGUUCGACGCCCGCGGCGACCUGGUGUACCGCGUGGACAGCUACGCGUCCGACUCCCGCGCGGAGGUCGUGCUCAUGGACGCCGCGGGCUGCCCCGUGCUCACCCUCCGCCGCUGCAGGAAGCUGAUCGGCCUCGGGCUGGGGUCCGACCAGUGGCUGGUGUACCCGGGCGAUGACACCCGGCGCCUGCCGCCGCUCUACGCCGUGAAGCGGGCGGCGCAGUACAUGCGCGGCGGCGGGGGCGGCGGCGGCGCCAAGUCCAUGGCGCACGUCGCGGCGUGCUCUGGCGGAGCCGCCGCCAAAACCGGCGCCGGCGGGUACGAGGUGGAGGGGUCGUACCUGCGGCGGCGCUGCACGGUGUACGACGAGCGGUGGCGGGCCGUGGCGGAGGUGCUCCCCAAGGAGGCGGUGGGCUCGGACGUGUUCCGGCUGGUGGUGCAGCCCGGGAUGGAGGUGUCGCUGGCCAUGGCCGUCGUCCUCGCGCUCGACCAGAUGUUCGGCAAGCCGUCCCUGCUCAGGAGCUGGUCCUCCUAG